CUGAACUAACUGCAAAGCUGGAUUUAAAAACGUAGAAGCAGAACAGUUAUCGUGAAGCCACAAUGACUCAUGCAUUGUCAGAUCUGUGCCACAGUCCGAUGUUAGUCCUGGCCAUAUUUGUGCUGGGGAUCGGUGGGACGUUUCAGUAUGGCUUUCAGAUAUCAGUGCUCAACUCUCCAUCUCCUUACAUCAAGAAGUUCUUGAAUGAGACGUGGCUGAUGCGCUAUGGCGCCGCCCUGGAGGACUGGAAGCUCAAUUUAAUCUGGUCCUUCAUCAUUUCUUUGUAUGCUGUCGGAGGGCUCAUUGGAGCUUUGAACGCAGGGCAUCUCGCUGUGAAGUACGGCAGGAAGAGGUGCCUUCUGUCAAACAAUUUUGUCGCCAUAGCUGGUGGGGUGAUGAUGGGGCUGAGUAGAAGGGCUCAGUCUUUCGAGAUGAUUAUGGUGGGGAGAUUCCUAUACGGAAUUAAUGCAGGAAUCAGCCUGAAUGUUCAAACCAUGUAUCUGGGGGAGAGCGCCCCCAAGAGGCUGCGUGGGCUCGUCUCCAUGACCGUCUCCACCUUCCUGUCCACUGGCAAACUGUCUGGCCAGUUGCUUGGGCUCAAUGAAAUUCUAGGUUCUGAAGACCUUUGGCCUGUCCUGUUGGCUUUCAGUGUGGUCCCAGCCCUGAUUCAGUUAGUCAGCCUGCCUUUCUUUCCAGAGACUCCCCGCUACCUCCUCAUAGACAAGGGAGACCAGGUACAGUGUGAGAAAGCUAUACAGCGGCUGUGGGGAAAAGGGGAUUACAGAUCUGAGAUUCAUGACAUGGUGCUGGAACACGCAGCAAUCAAAGGGGAAAAGUCCAAGAGUGUCUUGGAGCUGAUCCUGGAAAAGUCGUUGAGAUGGCAGCUGCUGACGGUCAUUGUCACCUUCACCACCCUGCAGCUCUGUGGCAUCAAUGCAAUCUAUCUCUACUCGUUUGAUGUGUUUCGUGCAGCCGGGAUUCCCACACACCAGGUCCGCUACGUGGCUCUGGGAACCGGGCUUUGUGAAAUUUUCACCUCAUUGUUUUGUGGUCUGCUGAUAGAAAGCACAGGAAGAAGAGUUCUUUUAUUACGAGGGUACUGGUGCAUGGCUUUGGUGUUAGGACUGCUGACAGUUACCAUCUUUCUGCAGGACCAACUCAUUUGGAUGUCUUAUUGCAGCAUGGCCCUCAUAUUUGCUUUCAUCUUCUUUUUUGGAAGUGGGCCAGCUGGAGUAACAGCCCCACUGCCCGGGGAGAUCUUUAAUCAGGCCUGCAGGCCCGCUGCCUUCGUCAUUGGGGGAUCCUUGAACUGGAUGGGGCUUUUCAUCAUAGGAAUGAUUGUUCCCAUUUUAGUGGAUACUUUGGACUACUUAUGUUUCAUCAUAUUCCUGGGCUUUUGCUUCUUUUCUGGAGUCUAUGUGUGGUUUUAUUUUCCUGAAACGAAAGGAAAGACAGUGCUGGAGAUAACGGAGGACUUUCAGAAAAUGCACUCGAAAACGCAGACUGAAGCAGCAGAGACAGUGGAGAAUCACAAAGAGUUGCAGUCUGUCACAUCAACCAAGCUCUGAUAUCACAGACAGUGGGGACACAGGGACUGUACUGUUCAGGGAACGGCAUUGUUGCUGUGUACUAUAGCAUUACUCUAGGGCCACUGGCUUGCCACUCAGCACAUGUGCUUUUUGUUUAGAUAUCCUCUUAGCAGAUUCAGGAUUUGGACAGCACAGCCCACUCUAUUGCAAUCUAUAAAUCGAUAUAAUUAGAGCUCAUGUAAUUGCCCACAAAGAGUUACGAACCCUACUUGAAACGAAGAAUGACAGAGCAUCUGCAAUGGCUUUAGAAAAGUUUCCACAGUAAAUUAUUAUUUUUUGCAGUUUAACGUGAUUUACAGCACUUUGCUGUGUUGAUUCCAUGAUACACUGCAAUACACUUGUAUACUGUAAGGAUGCAAGCAGUAGAUUAGGUCACUCUUUAGAAUGUGUGCCUGUUCAUAUUGGGAUUGGGGUAAGGGUAAGCAUGGGUCAUGAUUAUAGAUUAUAUAGAUGUUAUAGCUAGAACCUUUUUUUUGUUGCUAUCACACUGGAGAAAAGUGAAACCAUUUAUCAUCCUAAUAAAGAAUCGCAGACCCAUGUAUCAAAAACAUCCUUUAACAGCACACAGAGACUUUCCAACACGCACCUGAUCUCAUUCAGA